GAAGGAUGCUGUCGGGAAGAGGAAGCGUGACUUUAUUGUGUGUUGACGCUCUGGAGGAACAUCUUCAGUCUGACAAAAGCCACCAAAAGAAUCUUUUAAUUUGUUUUUGUGCCCAUUAGUAUCCGCUAUGUUUCCAUCGUGUUAUUCCAAACCGGCGGACGGCAGCGGUAAGAAGAGCUCCAUCGCUAAGCUCCUGCUCGGGGUGUUUGUGGUUUACAUGCUCCACACCGCCUGGCUCCUCUACGGCUUCCUCAACACCAAACCCUGCGAUGGAGGAGAGCACUGCAUCACAUCUUACCUGGCAGCCAGACCCAGACUACAGAUGAGUGUGUUCACCUGCUUCGUGCCAGAUAACAGCCAACUCAACCUUGCUCUAAAAAUAGAUCCAUUUGAUCCAUACUCCACAUUUGAAAGACAGGUGAAAGUCUAUAUUCCAGAGGAGACUCGCUCUAAUGGCAGUCUGUAUGCGGUGGUGUACAUGCACAAAGCUGGUGUUUCACCUCUGGACGACAGCAGAGAAGUCCACUACGCAGCUCAGCUCACCACAUACAUCCCUCCCAGACACACUGAGGGACAGAGAAACUCCAACAAGAAGGUCCCGACCCGACCAGACAGGCCUAUAUCCCACUGGAGACCCCACCUGUCAAUCACAGUGAUGUCAGAGGCCUUCACCUUCAACAAGGCGGGGCUUCCCAGUGAUGUGCGGCGCUACAUGAGAGUGUCUCAGGAAGGCAAACAGAUGAUGUACCUUCCUCUUCUACUGGUUAAUGAACUCAGCUUCAGAGUCAAAGACCUCAUGGAGAUCAGCAUAGACACUGAUUACCUCCCUCUGACUGUGUCCUAUGAAGGAAUCUCUCUGAGGAGAUUCAGGUUUUGGAUCCAUUUACAGGAUGUGGUGUAUUCACUUCGACAGUUUGGCUUCACAGAGGAGAACAUAGAUGAAAUUAAAGAAACACUAGCGGAUUCCAACCUCUACCUGUUAGUACUGACUGCAGUCAUCACAGCUCUGCAACUCAUUUGUGAAUUUCUGGCUCUUAAAAAUGACAUCAGCUCAUGGAGAAAAAAGAAGAACAUGGCAGGAAUGUCCAGAAAGUCAGUUCUGUGGCGAAGUCUGGGUACGCUGCUGAUUUUCCUCCAUCUGCUGGAGGAGACGAGUCUGCUGGUGCUACUUCCUGUCGGGUUGGGAGCAUGUGUAGAGGUCUGGAAGGUGUUUAAAGUCUAUAAAAUCCAGCUGCAGUGGAAAAGCUCCAAACUCCAUGUCAACAAACUAGAUGAAGAGGAAAGAAAAACAGUGGAGUACGAUUCACAGGCUUCCAGAUACUUGUCCUACUUGGUCUAUCCUUUGUGUAUCAGUGGAGCUAUUUUCUCACUGGCCUAUUUACGCCAGAAGAGUUAUUAUUCCUGGAUGAUCAACAGCCUGGUGACCGGAGUUUACGCUUUAGGGUUCCUGUCCAUGGCACCGCAGCUUUUUAUCAACCAUAAGUUGAAGUCUGUGAGUCACCUCCAGGGGACAGUGUUGAUGUACAGAGGAAUGAACACACUGAUCUCAGAUCUGUGCUCCUUCGCCUCCUUCAUCUCCUCGUCUGGAUCCUUCUCCUCCUCUCAUCAGCUCUCCUGUUUCAGAGACGAGCUCCUCUUUCUCCUCUAUCUCUACCAGCGAAGGCGCUAUGCCCCUAAAGUCAGAAGACGAGAAUCUGGGAGCCACAGCAAGAAAUUAAAGACUCAGUGAGGAAAAGACAAACUGUCAACGUUCUUCUUUUCAGUAACGAAUGCACAAGCACAUGCAACAAGAAAAUCACAGGGGAGCUAAUCAAGCUUGAAGAAGGGAAGUGAAGACACCGACACCGACAGGAUGUUUGCUUCCAGUUGUUCUUAUGUUGCUUGUGAUGAAGCUUCCCCUCGGCUGCAGUGACUUUAUUCACAUCUACACACAUUCAUUUAUCCAUCCAUUAAUAUUUUAUCCUAUCAAGCAGAUUUGCUGGAUUGUGCUCAUAAAUGUAAGUGUUUUCUCAUAAGGUCCAUAAUGUACCCAUCAGUCAUCUGUUUUUGGCACUGAUGUUGCUGAAUAAACCUGGUUGUUUCUUUAAAUACAGCACUGGAUAAAAAAUCUUAGGCCACCACUAGUUUUAGAGACAUUCUAAUGACUACACACACA